CGAACAGCCCUUUCACAAUUUACCCCAAUGACUCCUUUCAAUAUGGAGACUCCUACGCAUUUCCCACUACCACCACCUACACCUGUUACACUGUUAAAACAAAAUGAUAAUUUAUUUGCUGAUGAUCUCUCCCAAUUUGGGCAUACGAAGAUUGAAAACCAUCAUAUACCAAUUGAAGUAUCAAUUUCUGUUAGACAAAGAGCUUAUCAU